AUGGUUGAGGAUUACAUACACCAUUCAAUGCCAGUCGUACUUGCUGAGCAGGCAGCUCUUCGUCAAAUUGAAUCUUUAAUUAAUCAAAGUGGUAAAACCUUAGCUGAUUAUAAUUUGCCAGCUUUAGAUCAGUUUUUAGAUAAUGUCCCAGAAAAUGAUGAUGAAGAUGUUCAGGUGUUUAUUGAUGAAGCAAACCGAGUUAGACCAUUAUUGAAUGAUAAUCAACGUAAUGUAGCUGAUGCGAUCCUUGCUGCACUAAGUGUGGAACCUACUAAUGAAAAUAAGCAUUCAAGGUUGUUUUUUAUGGAUGGACCUGCCGGUUGUGGUAAAAAAUUUACUUACAAUUACUUAAUUUCUGAAACACAGAGCAGGCAUAUUAGAACUGCAACAGCUGCAUGGACAGGAAUAGCUGCAACUCUUCUCAAAAAUGGGUGCACAAUGCAUGGCUUAUUCAAACUUCCUGUUCCAAUUUUGGAAACUAGCACAUGUAAUGUAACUCCAAACUCUAUUCAUGGUAGAUUCCUGAGACAAAUCAGUUUGUAUUUACUUGAUGAAGCAUCUAUGAUACCCAAAUAUGCUUUGAGUGCCAUUGAUAAGCUAUUACAAGAUAUUUGUAAUAACAAUUUUCCUUUUGGUGGUAAGAUUAUUCUUAUGGGUGGAGACUUCAGACAAAUACUUCCAGUUGUGAAGCAAGGUCGACCAGCAGAAGUUAUAGAAUCAUGUUUAAAAUGUUCUGAACAUUGGCAAUAUGUGCAAAGGUUCUCAUUAACUGUAAAUAUGAGGGUUCAGAUAGAAGAAGAGGAAUUUUCUCAAUGGCUUUUAAAGCUUGGAAGUGGAACAUUACCUGUCAAGCCUGAAGAUCCUUUGCGAGGGUGUAUUGAAAUAACUUAG